AUGGUCGAGCGGCUUCUGCUGUCGGGAGUCGAUCUCCCCGCGACCAUAGUCGAUGCGGACGGGCUGAAUACGCUGGCCCGAGUUCCAGAUUGGAACACUCAAUGGGCCUCGAACGGUGUGCUGACACCUCACCCGGGGGAGAUGGCACGGCUGAUCAGCGGCUCGAACUAUGGCGACGACACGAGCAGGCUGGACCUGGCAUGUGCGGCGGCGCGGGAGUGGGGCAAGACGGUAGUGCUGAAGGGAGCGCACACCGUCGUGGCCCACGCUGACGGCUCCGCGCGACUCUCGCCGUUCGCCAAUCCCGGGCUCGCCACCGCGGGGACCGGGGACGUGCUCGCGGGGGCUAUAGUUGGCCUGCUGUCGCAGGGACUGGAGCUGGAGACGGCCGCGUCUCUCGGCGUCUACCUGCACGGGCUUGCGGGGGAGUCCGCACGGGAGCGGCUGGGAUAUACCGGCAUGAUUGCGAGCGACCUGCUUCCGGCGCUUCCAGUCUCGAUAGCAGACCUGAGGUAG